CCGUAGGCAGGCAUCAGUAAGUGCCAACUUGUUCUCAUGUUCGGUCCGUUUUUGAAUCGCUCCAAAGUCGUCAGUCUAGGUUACAUCCACUUUCCCUGUUAUGGACUGUCAUCGCUUCCCACUGUCAUUCGAUAACUGCUCGAGAGGCCAUGUCACUGCUAUGUCCUUCUAGCGCACGCUUGGUUUCUUCAGAGUAAACCAGCAUGGACUUUGGACCUUCGCAAUUCCAGGAACAACCUCCCACAAUCACUGAAUUUGACAUUCUCUUUGAGCCGUCAGAUUUUGCAGGAAGUUCGGGCUCAACUGCAGGAUCCUCCGGGGACUUUGGGCAGUUGCGAGAUGGUGGACAUUGGGUGGGAGGAUCGAAUGGUCUUCAACAACGCAGGCACAGCAGAAAUCAACACUAUGGGAGUAAUCGCAUGUCGCCUUACACCCAGCCACCCAGUUUUCAAUUCAACAAUACUAGUGGCCCUUCAAGGCGACAAUGGAAUUGGAAAGUAUGUUCGACUUGCAGGUACCAGAGCAUUAAAUGUGAUGGUUCACAACCCAGGUGUGGUCCCUGCCAGCGAAAUUACAUAGACAAUUGCGAUUACACCGAUUCUUCCCGAAACUUGAGGGCGGAUACUGAUUUUCGACCGGAAGAGGGUUCGCGGGAAUACAGCAAUGCACAAGCACUUUCGAGCGACUACGACACGACGAACUACGGGGAAGGUAGUCACACCUAUAAUGGCUCGCGUGUGUACAAUAACCGCAAAUUCGACCGAUCAAGUAGUACGGUGGUUCAUGUACACGUACAUGAAAGCGGAUCCACAUCCACAUCCUCAAGAAGCCCAAGUUCAAGCUCGAACGUGGCUGUUACUCCAUCGACUUCGCAAGGAACUGGUUCUGAUUCUGCCAUCUCUGACCGGGGCCCAAAACCAGGCAGAGAGUUGACACGAAGCGAACAAUAUGCAUCACUCUUACUGGGAUGCGGUAUCGGGUAUCCACUUUGGAAACCUAUCCCACGACGCACUACAGAGGCAGAAUAUGUCGUCAGCAUUGGGGACGUAGGAGUUAUUUCAGACGGACUUCCUUUCAACACUCUAUUCAAUAUUACACAGCCCUCGGACAGCUUAGCCAACAAAGAUGGUAUACCGGAAGGCGUCCACCCACCAUGCAUUUUACAUCCGCGGUGGUUGACUGUGAUUGAUAGGUAUCACCAGGAAUGGACAACAUUGAUUUGUCCCAAAAAUUCCGUCUCAUGCCAGACCGUACAGAAAUUGGAUGGCUCCAGGGUGUACAAUUACACAUUGUCUGAUAAACAAGGUGCUCUUCUGGGCCUUCCUAAAGGCGGUGUGUUGAAGAAUCUCGAACGGAAAGGCGAAUUCAAAGAGCGAAUACAAAAGCAUUGGCGUCAGUGGUAUGACUUUUCGGAGAGGCAAGGAUACCUUGAGGAGCAUCAAGCUUUAUACGUCGUUACAGGCGUCGAGCAAUGCUCAACUUGGGCGAUAGCCGCGUGGGAUCAUGCCCCAGGAGAUCGGUCGGACUCUGUUUCUUUGAAGUUCGCUGUGGAUGAAUCUAAUGGGAGUUGCUCAUGGAUUCAUUCCACUGCACGUUGCGAGUCGCAAUCUUCCGCAAAAGUUGACCCCACAGGAGGCGACGAUGCCGCUAAACAGACUGUUUUUGUUCGAGGUUUUUGGAUAAACAAGUUCAGUGGCCGGAUGAGCAGCUCUGCACCGUCAAUGAUGCGGCUCGGAGGACUGGAUAGUGGGCAGGAUGAUGAUAAUCACUUUGGGGGUAAUGGAGGCCCUGUCAAUGGUUCUUCAUCCAGCUUUUUGUCUAUGUCAACCUUUGGUUCAGGUUCAGGUUCAGCUUCCAGUCACAAGGGAGGAUGUUCUGACGAUUCAGCUCCGCACACGGAGACCUCCGACUUUGUACAUGAGCCGCAGGUUCAGAGUCUUUCUGUUGAUUUGCAGGAUUUUUUCAAUUUCACCGGUGAAAGCCCAUGUGAAAUCAUCAACCACUUUGCUUUUGCAGUGGUAUCUAGAAUCCAACCAGCGGUGCUGAACACAGAUUACAUCAUCUUUUCGCAUGACGAUGACUGGAUUGGUAUCAUGCAGGAGCUAGACGACGGCUUUCCGGCGAAGCUUGAAAUCAUCAAACGGAUCUGUUGCGAGUUCAAGUUCGUCGUUGAGGAUGGAGCGAUAUAUACCACCAAACUGAUGGACCACGACAUCAAACUCGUUCGCCAGGGUCUGAUCCCUGUACAGGCUCCAGGCAGUGAUUUAUCCGUAAUUCUUGAGUUCCGAGAAACACAACGUGUGCCGGAAGAAUCAGGACAACCACUGGCAAUGACCUGGAGCUGCGCUCCUACUCUUCAUCCUGCCAGUACCCAAGAUGAAGGGGUUCUUCACCACGAAUUUCCACACCAAAACAACCCUGGAUCGGAGGCGCAUGGGGACGCCAGAAGCGGUUCAUCAUCGCUGCUCCCUAAUAAUCCUGUUGCUAGUAAACGCCCUCCGAGAAAUAUACCUCCAGAAAGCGCACACCACCAUUUCAUUCCUGCAAUGUAUCAUAAUCCAAAUGACAUGGAUCACGGCCUUGGAACAACUUUCGAAUCCCCCGAGGUGGAUUGGAAUCAUCUCCUGAAGAAUUAUCAAGAUACCCUUGGACCUGGACCAGGCUCAGAUUCCACUCGCUUUUUCUCUGGUUUAAGCUCGGAUCUUCUUCAUCCUAGUCCAGGUUCCACUCUAAUUGAUUCUAGUCCAUAUUCGGACCUCACUCUCUUUGACCCUAGUCCAAGCCUGGAUCACAGUCCCCUUUACCCCGAACUCAGCGUUCAGUCUGACGAACCAUUGUUUGAACCCGCAUCGCCCAAAAGCAUCUCGUCCGUAACGGCGGCUCCCGUUACCAGUUGGACUCCUCGCAACCUCACCACUCCCGAGCUUGUCCCUUUAGAUGCUCCCACUCAACGAAGGCGGUCUGCAACUCGUUUGGGUGCAAAGAAGCAAGUCCCAGUCAUGUUCGUCCACAAGGGGAAAGUGACUGGUGGUACACUCAAUGUCAAGGAUGGCAAGUUGGAGGGUGAUGGAGACUUGCCGCCGUUAAAUUCAGAUGCGACCGAAGAGGAACAGAUCGAAUACAAGCGUCGUCAAAACACUGCUGCAGCACGGAAAUCGCGGAAGCGUAAGCUCGAAUAUGUGCCGAGAGGAGGAAGCUGAGCGCCAGGUCGAAGUCCUGAGCGGCAUCCUGAAAGGUGCUGGAGCCAAUGUCUGUUCAAGCCCUAGAUAAAUCCAAGUUGUAGAAGAGGUUUAUUCCGUAAUUUAUCCUGGCACACCCGUGCAUUUACCUUGGGGGGGGGAGGGAGAUUGAUGCAAGGAUGGUUGUUUCUCACAGCUAUACGCCUCCGACACCCAG